AUGUCUGUUGCAUCCUUGAAUCGUGAGACUGCCUUCCAGGCACGGUCUUUGUUUCGCUCCCUUCUGCGCUAUUCUGGUCAAUUUUCGAAUUACAAUUUCCGCGAAUAUGCCCGCCGCAAGACAAGGGAUUCGUUCCGCGAGAAUCAACAUAUCACGGAGGAACGGCGAGUACAGGAACUGAUGCAGGAGGGACUGCAAAGCUUGCGUUUGCUGAAGAGACAAACAGUCAUCAGCCAGUUCUUCCAGUUGGAUAAGUUGGUGGUGGAAGGCCAAAAGACAGGAAAAGAAACUGGGAACCAUGGAGACAUUGUUCGCCAGAAGGACACUGGUUGGGACUGA